CACUGGCUAUGUAUGCCCUGCUGCUCUUCGAGAUUGAGACAGGUGCAGCAGCUGCAUCUAUCCUGGGCUCAGGCGCCCUGGUCCUGGUGGCGGUGAUGACUCACACCCUGCUCCGGGCUGUUCGGGCCACUCGCCAGGGUCUCCAUGAGCUGUCUCCACCGUCCUUUGAAGAUGAGCCGACCCGGCCUCCAGAAGACUCCAAAGCUGGCUGCAGGGCUCAGCACCAGCAGGGUACCCAUUGCCAGACCCUCUCUGCCCCCUCCCAGGAGUCUGGGGACCCCCCUGGGCUCAUGGCCACUGGUAUCACAUCCACAGUCCUGGGGAGAGCCAGUGAAUUCAGUCUGCCUGCUCCCCCCCAGCCUCAGACACAAUUGACUGGCAGGGGCCACUGGGACGGGGUCACUCACAAGAUGCAUAGCAUGCUGGGCCACAGACCACUGGACAUGGGAAACGAUGCUACGCUGGUGUGA